AUGUCACAACAGGCACGAUAUAAGCCUUGUUCAAGGCCUUCGAACCAAUCACAAAUCUCAAUCAAAGGUGCAGCUGCCCAGCGACCCUACAUCGUAACAUGGCAUCCUUCCUGCUUGCCGCACAUAUACGCACCUCAGAAAGCCUUUCAUUCUUCGGAACGACUCACGAACUUCGACAUCCCAUCCUCAACUCUUAAUCAGGAUGGUGGUUGCCACGCUUAUCCACGAAACCUACCGCAUGGUCAACCCUGGAGCACCUCUCCCUAUUCCCUCACCGCAUGGAUGAUCAUCAGCUUACUUACACAUCCGAAUACCCCCCAGUGUCCAACACCCGAUAACGAUCACAACUGGAAAACCUGGCGCUGUGACCAACUCAAUCAUGAGCUAGCCCUCAUCAACCUUGGAGAACCAAGACCAAUCAUAUCAAAAAUAGGCGACUGGGGUCCCCGUGUAUCACCAUUCGGUCAAGUUCUUCGACCUGCCCCAGAUCCCCAACCCGGCCAUCCCUAUCAUCCUUUCCUGCAUCGCUCAGGCGUAACUACACCAAACGGACGACCACCCAGAUCAAAACCUAACGUUAUCUGCAAACGACCACUUGAGGGGCCACUGUCACAGAGUCAUAAGACCGCUGCAAACAAAGAGUGCCCCUCCCAGUACUGCCUCGGAUGUUGUCAAGCUUUUGGCUCACCACUUUGCCGCCGACAUCCUCGGGCAUCUGCCAGUACUGCCAGUCUCCCUUCUCAGCCAAAUCAGGACAAUCCCAUGAACUUUCGCGAAGCCUGGGAAUCUCACGUGUCCGAGCCAAGUGCUGCGUCAGGAAAUGUUAACCCAACCCCGCGCCGGACCACCAAAGCAACAGCAUCACAAGCUCGUCCUCACCAGUGGGCCCAAACCUCGAACUCCCUCGGCCGACGUGUCCCUCACAAAAAGAUGGUGAUGCUACAGCAAAACCGGGAGCAACGAGACCACGCCGCUCAACGUCAGCUAUCCAGUCUCAUAGACGAGAGCAAACUCGUUACCAUUGAGUUAUGGCUGGACCCAGUGAAACCUAAGGCCAUCACUGCAUUGUUUCCAUUUUGGCCAAAAUGUUGUUUUAGCAAGAGUACCCUCUUGGUACACGCCCUGCAGUCAGCCCAUGGGCCCAAUUGGAAUCGAGCUCUUAUCUUCUGGGACGAAAAAAUCGGUGGAUGGCGUGAUACCCUGGACAGUUAUCCACAUCGAUUCGACGUCAACCAACGUACCAUUGUGGUCCGCCUUCCAACAGUUGAAGUUCCGAUCUCUGCUGUCACCACCUCAACAAAAUCUAAAUCUUCCCCCAAAAAGGCCCCAGCCUCUGCUUUUCUUUCGUCUUUGGCUCUGCCCCCCAUCUACGAUAUGCCAUCUUCCCCAAUGGACGGGUCGCCAAUUGCUUCCACCAGUCAACGAACCCCAUCUGGGUCCGAAGGAAAUCCAGCAUCUAAGAACCAAGUGAAGGCAGCCCAAGCUGCCGCUCAAUGUUCGGUCGAGGUGCCCUCGACACCACCUCCUGGCCCCAUCACAUCAUCUACCACCCCACCAAACGGCAUCACAAUUGAUCUCACAAUAUCCCCUGACGAACAAGUCAAAGACGUCAGCCAACAUCCCAGUAAUGAUGACACGAAACCAUUGAUUCCAAGCUUGACCGAAACCGUCACGACUUCGCCCAUCAUUAGCCACACCUUGCAGUCAGAGCAAUCCUUCGAGUACCAACACCCAGCUGUACAAACUUUGCUGGUCCAAACGGCCAUUGCUACACCAGGCCUCCAGAAUGGCUGGCCAUUGCCUAUUCCUGUAUCCUCACUUGUUGUGUGGUAUGACGAUUGUACCAAGGGAGGCAUUCCUAAGGCAGAAUGGCACAAGCGAUGGGGCGCACAGUGGAAGUUCGUAAUUGGGACUAUGUACCGAUACCGCGCGUUUGUCAAAGAAGUAGGCAAAGGGCCCAUCACCCUGGGUGAGCACUAUUGCUCUCAACCGGAAGCCACUGUUGCAGAUGCUCGGGAGUUCUUCCACAAAGAGUUCAACCAAGUGGCCAAACUUAACCCGAUCACACCUAUUAAACAUGCACACAUCAAGUUAUCUUGA